GAAAGAGGAGGGAGGGAGGGAAAAAGAGGGGAGUGCACGAAACAAACCCCGACGCCGGGGUAUUUUGCUGUUUCGGCUCGAGGGUUCCCGUCGAGAGAAAGCAACCUGCUCAGGAUCACCUGGUCUCCACCUCUAGAGCUAUGGAUCCUUGCCGAAGGAAGCAGAUAAGAUGGAGAACUACUUUACUACAACAAUGUGUUUUGCUGCUGACCUAUGUUGUAAUUAUAUUGGAAGCAGUGCCAAUAGAUGUAGACAAGACAAAAGUGAAGGAGGAAGAAACAUACACCGAAAAAGUAGAUAAUCCGGACACUGGAUUGUAUUAUGAUGCCUAUCUCAGGCAAGUGAUAGACGUUUUGGAGACAGAUACACAUUUCAGAGAGAAACUCCAAACAGCAAACAUGGAGGAUAUAAAGAAUGGAAAGUUUAGCAAAGAGCUAGACUUAGUUGGCCAUAAGGUGAGAACAAAACUGGAUGAACUGAAAAGACAAGAAGUUGCAAGAUUAAGGAUGCUAAUCAAAGCCAAGAUUGAUGCAUAUCAAGAUUCUGGCAUAGACCAUCAAGCUCUUCUCAAACAGUUUGAGCAUCUGAACCAUCAAAACCCUCACACUUUUGAAGUUAAAGAUUUAGACAUGCUAAUCAAAGCUGCAACACAUGACUUAGAAAACUAUGACAAAGCCCGUCAUGAGGAGUUUAAGAAUUAUGAGAUGAUGAAAGAACAUGAAAGGAGAGAAUAUUUAAAAACACUGGAUGAAGAAAAGAGGCACCAAGAAGAAGCUAAAUACGAGGAAAUGAAAAAAAAGCACGGUGAUCACCCCAAAGUUAAUCAUCCUGGAAGUAAAGACCAAUUGAAAGAGGUAUGGGAGGAAUCAGAUGGCUUAGACCCCAAUGAUUUUGAUCCAAAGACUUUCUUCAAGUUGCAUGAUAUCAAUGCUGAUGGUUUUCUGGAUGAACAGGAAUUAGAAGCUCUAUUUACUAGGGAGCUAGAAAAAGUUUAUGAGUCCCAAAAUGAAGAGGAUGAUAUGGUUGAAAUGGAAGAAGAGAAGCAACGAAUGAGAGAACAUGUCAUGAAUGAGAUUGACAUCAACAAAGAUCGAUUAAUCACCAUGGAAGAGUUCAUAAGAUCUACAGAGAAAAAAGAGUUUUCGGAGCCAGAAAGCUGGGAGACUCUGGAUCAGAAACCAGUCUUCACUGAAGAAGAACUGAAGGAAUUUGAAAGUCACAUUUCCCAGCAAGAAGAUGAAUUGCACAAGCAGACAUUAGAACUUCAGAAAAAGAAGGAAGAGCUAAGCCAGCAACAAGACUUCCUUCAGGCUCAGAAACAAGAACUUGAAAUGGCUAUUAAACAAAUGGAGCAGAAGAAGGUACAGCAAGGACAUCCCCCUUCAGGUCCAGAUGGUGAACUGAAAUUUCAACCAGCCGCGUCACAAUUAGAUGGAAAUGUGCAAAAUCAUCCAGUGGGUGGCAAUCAGCCUUUAACACCAGGAAAUAUACCAGUGCAAGAAGCAGCUGCUAGAUCGGAUCAUAUCCAGUCUCAUCCUUGACCACUUGUGCCUCAGUUUAUACAUAUUUUGGGGUGGGUGGUAAGGGUGAAAUAAUCAGAGACUAAAAAGAAAUGUGAAAAGAAGGAUAUUUUUAAGUUUCAUUUCAUAUGGUGGGAUUCAUAUAGGAUUAAAAUCCAAAUUCAAUGUGUAGAUCUUCAAAGGCACAAAUGAUAUAAUAUAGGAUCUUAAAGUUGUGGAUAUUCUAGUUUUGUCUUUACACAUAAGUAGACAACAGGAUAUCCAACUUUUUCCCUGCAAAAUCUUCUUUUUUGUCUCAGGUAUAAUUUGGCUUCCUAUCAUUUGUGCUUUUGAAAAUCUUUUUUCCUGUUUCACCAUUAAAUCAUUUACAGAGAUAUUGUCAAGCAGAAAGUUAAGAUGAGUAAACCCCUUAAAUGUCUUGCUGUUCUCCAUUGCGAAUGGGUUUGAAGUUGGAGAAGUUUAAAACUCGUCUAAACAAAACAACACCUCCAUCUCCAUUUUAGUUCAUGAUGGCGUGUUCCUAAAAGUGCCAACAACUUAGAGCUGUAAUUUUGUGGCUAUGGAUGAAUGAAUUGUAACAAUUCCUUUGGUUUUCAAGAUCCAUUGAAAAGAAACAUCUGUGAUCCAAUUUCAAAAAAAAAAUCUACUUUUUAAAAGAAGUAUAAUUGCAGUACGGAGACAUCGGAAACAGUGAAUGUAUCUUCUGUUUUAUAAAAGCCUACGAAUACCAAUGUGACAAUUCUUCACAUUGAAACACUGCUUGAAGUGCAUUGAUUUAGCCAUCUUUAUUGUUGCUAACUAAAUGCAAUUCAUCGCUGCAUUUUGGCUGCAAAGAGGAUACUUUUCUUCUCCUCCCUUUUGUAACAUGCCAGUUGUAUUUAUCUCUCUGUGAAAUACAAAUGGAAAGUUCUUUAGAUGGCAGAAAUAUUUUUAGAAUUAACAAAACCCUUGUGUUGUCUUUUCCUUCUUCAUAAAAGAGUCAUUUCAAAAUCAUAAGUGCGUUUCAAACAAUGUUUGUCAGAAACUGCAUUUUGAAUGUUAUUGAAAUACUUAAUUACAUUUUUAAACAGGAACUACAAAGGCAAAAGGCAUGCUUAUAAACAUUCUCCAUUUUAACACACAUAGAAAUCUCCAGAACCUUACAGGUCAAAUCCAAUUUAUUCCUUCAACUAGCAUCCGCUCCUCCAUUAUGUUAACUUUGAUUUUGAUGCAAGUACUGUUGAUAUAAAUAGAAAUGUUUGCUGGUCUAAAUUCUCCUCAAUUUGUAUUAAAACUUAAAAUCCAAAUUAUUUUCCAAAGGCAACAUUUCUUUGUGACAGAAGAAAGGGAACGAUUAAAAAAAAUAAGAACACAACGCCAUCUUAUUACUGAAGAAUUAUAAUUUUAUUUCCAGGAAAUGGAACAUAAUGUAUAAUUAUUUAUAUGAGCAUGUUUUAAAAAAACAACCCAGAGUUUUUGUAUAUAACAAAAUGAAGAACACCCUCUUUUAACAAAAAUUAGACAGUCCCUUGUUACUGAUUAACAAGAUUCGCAUAAUAUUGAUUAUGACCUCCAAAUGGAUUAAAUUCUCUUUUUAAUAAAACAAUUUUAACUAUUUAAAAAAAAACUGUUCUUUCCUGAGUGACCCUUUCAUGCUUUACAUAUUACAUAGAACUAGGAAGUUUCUCAUCUUAUUAAGGACCAUGGGAGUCCAAGUAGAUAAUUUGAAAACCCUGUGCAAGUUUUCUUUCUCUCUUGGAUUAAUUGGAGUAUUCAGGCCUCUUCCCUGUUCAGUAUUUUCCUUUAAUCUCACUUACCCAAGGCUGUAAUUGAAUCAAUGGCAAAAUGUGCCAAAAGCAUGUAAAGUCGUAAAGGGUCUAUAAAGUAGUAAGUUCUCACAACUUGCCUCUUAUAAGUUAGAAAGAUAAUAUUGGAUUAUUAUUAUUUUUGCAGUCAGCCUGUUGUUAGGCUUGUGAAUGGAAUUUGUUCCCUUUUUUAAGCUAACUGAUACUUCCCUGUUUGCUCUGUGUAGUUCUAGGACAUAUUGCAUGGCAUAGGGCAGCCAAAUGGAAGGAACCACUGGGAACUCCAUGUUGAAUGAAUUCUUAUUUGGAUCACGAAGUUGUAACCCAAAAGAGUAUUCAUGGCUUACUUAUUUAUUUCUUAUACUGUAGACCCAACUAGCUGCUAAUCAAUAGAAACUUCCACAGAAACGUUUUCCGUUUUCUAGAAUCAACAUCUUGAAUGCAUAUUGUGAACCUUUCCUGUGGGUAUAUGACUGGUAAAAGCUAUCUUCUUUUUUAUUUACAAUCAUGCACAUUUUUAUAACUCUAUUAAUAUAUUGCCCUUUAAUUUUAUAUGGUAUUCAUCCCUUUGUUUUAAGUUAUAAAUACAAUCAAAGAAUUGGAUAGUGCACAAUCCAAUCCCAGUUAUUGUUUUUUUCAGUGUGCUUCAAAACUGUUCGGGUUAUCGAUGUCUCAUUGUAAAUGUCCUACUCCCUACCAAGUAAAAUUUGCCAAGAGAGAUGGAGUAUGAUCACCCACAGAGGCCACUGAAACUAUUCACAGCACCAGGGGCAAUGACAAUUGGAAAUGGGAUGAUGUUUGCCCUGACUAUAAAACCGAUUGGAACCUGUGAUGCUGUGUAUAGCUUAAGGGGCUGGUUAUAAAGGAAAGCAACUUUCACAGCACAAUUUCAGACAGCAUACUUUUUCACCCAGAUAUUGUUAAUUGGAAUUUGAUAGCAGUGGAUUUUAGAAUUGAGAAGUGGGGGGGAACACCAUGAAUUUGAACUAUCUAUAGGUAGAAGAGGAAGAAGAUCACCCAUCCAAUCAACUGUAGCAUUUCAUUUCCAAAUGGAUUGUAAGAUAAGUUAUAUUCAUUUCUUCUCAAAGCAAGUUGUAUUGAGGUGGUACAUUUCUGGUGUUGGCCAGUUUAUAAUGGAAGUGGUUGGCUUAUCAGCAGGUUCCUGCACAACUUCAUCUUGAACCUUAUCAGGACAAAAAUACCUUGGAUGUAAAGAAUGGCAAAGUUGUACAUAUCCAUAUGCUCUCAAGUGCAAUAUUUGUAAGAAGAAUGUUGUUCCACUUGUGCUUUGUAUAAUUUUUAAUCAGAUUAAAUUGAAUUCAGACUCA